AUGGCCGGCGCGCGGUUUGCGGUGGCAUGUGCCGUCGCAGCGGUCGCCGCGACCGUAUUCCUGGCACGCAAAGACCCGACCGACCACUACUCGGCCCUCGGCGUCGACCGGCGCGCGACGAAGGAAGAAGUCCGCGCGGCCUACAAGCAAGCGGCGCUCAAGUUCCAUCCGGACAAGUGCGCCUCGAAGCGCGGCCUCUGGCACGCGCUGCUGGGCGGCGCCGCGCGGUGCGCGCGGCGCUUCCACGCUGCCUCCGCGGCCGAAGAGGUGCUCUCAGACGACGCGAAGCGCAUCGAGUACGACGUCGAGCUCGCGCGGAUCGAGUUCGAGCGGAACGCCCGGCGCCAGCGCCACCACGCCUACGGAGGCGGGGGCCUCCUACCGGACUGGUUCCGGCCCGGACUAGUCGUGUACUACCUCUUCGUGGCUUGCCUCUGCCUCGUAAUCUGGACGUACGCGGUGGCACCCGUCCUGCGCGGCGCCAAGCGGGCCGUCGAGCCGAAACAAGUAGCUGCGGAUCGGAGCGCGGCGCGCAUGGCCGCGGUCCGGCGCCAGCAGGAGGCCCUGAGCGCGGCGCCGCGCCGCCCCGCUCCAGUGGGACGCCCCCCGGCGCCCGACGCGCGCGACACCGCGCCUCCACCGCGCCGCCGGCCGGUACCCGCGCCCGCGCCCACGCCGCCGCUCCCACAGCCGGGCCUCCUGCCGCCGCUCCUGCAGCCGCCCGCGGCGCGGCGCCCGCCCGACGCGAGCGCGGAGCGCGAGUCGUCGGCGGACGAGGCGCGGCGGAUCCGGAGCGAGACGGACGACGCCUACGCGCGGUCGCUCGCUGAAGACCAACGGAAGGAGGAACAGCGCGCCGCCGAAGACGCCGAGGCGGCGCGCGAACAAGUGAUUCGCGAUCGCCGGGAGGCCGCUAGGCAGCUUCUGGCAGCGACGCCCGAGGCGACCGGGCCGACGGCCAAGCGCGUGCGCGUGAGACUACCGGAAGGACAACCACUGGCGCGAACCUUCUCGUAUCUCGACCCAAUUUCGCUGGUCCGGUCUUUCGUCGACGCCUCUGGACGGGCGCCCGAUAAUUUCGAUCUGGUCUAUGUGGGACCGCCGAUGCGGACGCUCGACGACGACGACGCGCCUCUCUCCUCUCUGGGCCCGGGACCCGUCGCGCUCAUGGUGACGGACCUCGACGCCUAGAUGUGCCCCCGUGACAAGUAAUACUCUUAAUGUG